GCAUGGCUUGACUAGUGGGACUGAGUUCACAUUAAAACAAGGGUGUAGAUGAUUAUAUAGCUCCUUCAAAGUAUUUUACUUUUCACAUCAAGCUAGGAGAGUAUAUCUUUCGUUUAUACAAUUGUAAAAGGCGUUGGUGUUUGCGGACAUGUGAUGUUUAGCUGGCGAGGUAUCGCUAGCUAUCCUCGCUAACUUUGUAAGUUAGUUAUUGGGGUUCUAACUACGUGUAACAGCAUCGUUAGUGUUUGUCAAGUAGCAUAAUGUAUUACACUGUAUGAAAUUGUUAUUGCCUUAUUGGUAGUGGGAGCCUCACAUAUCGAAGUCAAAUAGGAUUUUUUAUUCUAGCUCUCUGGAUUGACAGCGGACCAGCUAAGUACGCUUUUAAACCUAAUUAAGGUUGACGUUACAAUAUAGACAAGAUCCACAAGCAUGUCUCAAGUCAUACCUAAAAAGUCUGAGUCGGCAGUCAAGUCGGCGCCAUCUCAACCAGCUGGUAAGAAGAAAACAAGCAAAGAAAAAAGAAAGAAGUUCUUGAAAGCCCAGAAGAAAAAUACUGAGGGGAAAGAGAAGAUGAACUGGGGUCCCCCAAAAGACGUUCAACAGUUCUCCUCCAACUGGAAAAAUCUGAUUGAGAUAAUGAAGUCAAACCCUGAAGUUAAACCUAAGCAGACGGCACCGCAGAAGGCAAACUCAGGGGUCAAAAAAGAGAACUUUCAGAACAGGGCAACAAAAGCCAUUCCAAAGCCAGGGCCAAACCCUGAUCCCAAGACCCCACAAAACCAUGGUCAAACAGAUGCCCUCAUAAAUGGGAAAGAUGAAGGACCUUCAAAGACAGAACACAAAGCCACGAAAAGGAAAGUGAAUGGCGACCUCCCUGAGAACAGCAGACAAAUGACUAAAAAGAAGAAGGUUGAAGAGCCUGCUGAGAAGAAACCUACUGAGGCAGACCUCUGGUUUGACGACGUGGACCCUGAUGACAUUGAGACUGCAGUGGGGCAGGAGGCAGCCGACAUUGUUAGGAGGAGGAAGGGCAUAAGGAACGUGGACGCACAGAGCACAGAGAGCGCACUGGUGAAGGAACACAGCUUUGAGGGACUGACGCGAGCCGUCGCCAUGGACUGUGAAAUGGUGGGGGUGGGCACCGACGGCGAGGAGAGCAUCCUGGCGCGCUGCUCCCUCGUCAACCACUUUGGCAAGUGCAUCUACGACAAGUUUGUGCGUCCCACCGAGAAGGUGACCGACUACAGGACCCAAUUCAGCGGCAUCCGUCCAGAGGACAUCCGGGAAGCGGAGGAUUUCAAGCAGGUCCAGAAAGAGGUGGCUGAGAUUAUAGAGGGACGAGUACUGGUGGGACAUGCCAUACACAACGACAUGAGGGUUCUGCUACUAGACCACCCCAAGAAGAAGAUCCGUGACACUCAGAAAUACAAACCAUUUAGGAGGCUUGUCAGGAGUGGCCGCCCAUCUCUAAAGGUCCUGUCGCGUGAGAUCCUCAAUGUCAAAGUGCAGCAGGGGGAGCACUCAUCUGUCCAGGAUGCCCAGGCCACUAUGCGUCUCUACACCAUGGUGAAAAAGGACUGGGAGAAGGCUAUCAAAGAGGGCAAGCUCCAUGGCAUUUCAGCGAAGAUCCAAGAACCCCGCAAGCCCAGAGCCCCAAAGAUGAAGAAGACCUCAGCCCAGGCCAACACUGUAAUCGCCCUUUAGCCAGUGAGUGAAUGACAGUGAUGAGCAAGAGAAACCAUACGGGGGCUCCUUGGACGUGCUGGUGGCUACCCCAUGUGACUGCCCCAUGUGGAACUCCAUAGCUCUCUCUAUGAGAAGGGCUUUACUGAAAGAGGAAUUGGGAAAGACUGGGUCAAAGGAGAGGGCACAGGGGUCGCCCUGUUGUCCUUGGUUUGGUCAACAUUAAGUAUUUUACAAUAAUGUUUAGUUUAUUCCAAAAAAAAUGUGCUUGUCAACAUGUUGGUCGGACCUCUCACACUGAUUCUACAGUUCUACACGGUUCUGUUCAGGGAAGAAUCAGUGUCUUAAAAGUUGCAUCAUGAAUUAAAGAGGAUCCACAGAAAUGA